GGGAGCUGUGAAGGGGAGUGGUGUAUCCUGCCAAGGGCACACAGACCGCUUGGCAUGGGAUGCAGCUGCCUCUGCCCUAUAACGAGCCACUUGGAGUGUGUUAGGGGCAGUAAGCACACGUUCCCUUCUGCUCCCUCUGUAAUGGGGUACCUUCAAGGACUCGGAGCGGGCAAGGGGGUGGUGCCACGUUAAUACCCUUCAGCAAACCCCGAUGCCAUCCAGCUGCCCAGGGACGGCUGCCACCAGCCUUCAUCCUGUCCCCCCAGCCAGCAGCCCCUGCAGGACUGUCGCCUGUAAGUGUGAUCGCCUUCCAGCAGAUGGCAAGCUCUCAUUGGCGAUGCAUCGAGCAGCAGCGCUCUUCAGUCCUGAGGUUACGGAGAGACCCAGCGCUGCAGCUUCAUGCACACUACAGAGAAGGACCGUUUCUCCUUGCUCCCUCUCCCAGACGCACAGGUGCCCGCUAGGAUCCCAGCCAGGAGCCCAGAUCAGUGUGGCAGACAAGCAAGAGGAGAAGCAGGGAGAAAGCCGCUGCCUGGACUCUCUUGGGAUGGGAGGGAACCAAGCAGGGGACAGGCACCCAGAGGAGCUCUGUCUUGCAGGGGGAGGCAGUUCCCUUUAUAUGGAGAGGGAGAGCCUUUCUUAUCCUUGCUGGAGCACCACAGAUAGUUCUGCACCCACACCCCACGCCCAGGAGCACAACCAGCAUCAGUGCCAGGAGGGAAUAGCCUCUGGGGGAAUGAAUGCAGACAGAGGAACGAACAACACUGUCCUUAUUGCUGGAGCCAAGUGUGCAAAGCAUGAAUUGGGAUGUUUUGUUGCCUGUUGGGCUCAUUUAUCCAGCUCCCAUUUGCCUCCUCACACAACAGCUUUACAGUGCUGUUCGGGGUGUGUGCAGCGCAUUCAAUCACUGCAUGCCCACCACAGUCCUGCCAGCAUCUCAGCAGGAAACGUGCUCAGGGAAACCAGCAGGUUUCUCCAUCUCGCUGCCCACACUGCUUUGAUCUCGCUUGGCAGGACCCCGAUGACGUGUCUUGUCACUGAUCAGUGCCUUGUGGCAGCCUUUAGGCUUCCAGGUGACACUGGGGCUGAGCGAGCCCAGCGCUCCAUUUCAUUCCCUGUGACCUCAGGUUCUGGCUGUGAAUUCAGCACUUAUUGUGAGCUCAGAAAACUGAAGAUAAAAUAACACGAAGAGCUCAAAACUCAGAGACCAGAAAGCUUCCUGUGAUGUCCUCCCUCCCAUAUAAGACUGUGCUCCCAUACACAAGGAGUCUCGGACCACAGAGCUGUGGUCUUGGCAGGAACCCCUAAGUGCUACCAUAAAGCAAAUAAAUAAUCAAUCAUUA